AUGCGCGUCCGGCGGACCACCGGCGUCCUCGCGCUCGUCGCCGCCGUGUCGGUCCAUGCACAUGCGCCUAGCAUGGCCUUGCCACCCGAGGUAGCGGCUCACUGCGCCGCGCCCAGCUCCGCGGCGAUGGCCGAAUCCGUGCUCCUGCAGACCUGCACGACGGCGCGCGAGAGCGGGCCGACCUCAAUGCGCGCUCUCGUCCGAGCCUACGUGCCUGUCGAAGCCAUAAUCGAUGGCCUCGAUGCUCUCUUUGCCAUGCCCGAGCUCUCAACCGACGUCGAUGUGGGCGAAGUCGCCCAUGCGCUCUCGGACGCCGUCGUCGCGUCCUGGGCCGCCUUU